AAUACCCACCCAAUCAAGAAGAAAUUUACUUUAAUAAUUUAUAUCCUUCACUGAAAAAUGAAUAUAGUUCAUUAGCAUUACCGGUAGUUUUUUCUCAAGACACAAUUAUUUCUGAAUCAUCUGAAUAUUUUUCGGCCAGUGAAUCACCAACAAAUGAACUUGAAGUUCUCAAAAACAAUGUUAACAUCCUAGAAGAAGAUUCAUUGACCAUGAUUGAAUUAAAAAAAAUUAGUGACAAAAUCAACGCUCUUGAUUUUUCGAAUAUUAUUCCCCCUUUUCUUUUUUUACAUUCGUCUGAACUCUCUUCAGAACUUUCUUUGGUGCUUGGUUCUGAGAAUUCAACCGGCAACCAUGUUGAAUCACUUUAUUCCUCCUCGUCACUUGCUGCUCGAUUCUCUAACCCCACGUCAAUAACUUGUAAUGGCUGGUUACUUGUUGUUUCAGUUAUUUGUUCUG